AUGGCUCUCACCAAGGUUCUGCUGGUCGGAGCGACCGGUGAGACGGGAGGGUCGAUUGCGAAAGGCCUGCUUGAGUCGGGGAACUUUGAAGUCUUCGCUCUGACGCGCCCCGCAUCAGCAUCAAAGCCCCAGCUUCUCGAACUGCAGAAAUGGGGCCUCAAAGUUCGCCAAUGCGACUUGAACGCCCCUCAGGAGGAAUUGGUGGAGGCCCUCUCUGGGAUUGAUGUCGUCGUCUGCAGCGUUGGGCCACCAGAUCAACGGACUCAGAUACCCCUGGCAAACGCGGCGAAAAUCGCUGGCGUGAAGCGGUUUGUGCCCUGCGGCUUCAUCACCGUGGCUCCUCCCGGGGGAAUCAUGUGGCUCAGAGAUGAGAAAGAGGCCGUCUAUAACCAUAUCAAACAAUUAUGGCUGCCCUACACCAUCAUCGACGUCGGCUGGUGGUACCAAAUCUCGUACCCUCGUCUGGCUUCCGGGAAGAUUGACUAUGCCAUGACCAUGGCCAACGACGAGAUCAUCGGCGAUGGCACGACUCCCAGCGCCAUCACCGACCUGAGGGAUAUCGGCCGUUACGUGGCCAGAAUCAUCGCUGACCCGCGGACGGUGAACAAGAUGGUGUUCGCCUACAACACGGUCAUGACCCCGCACGAGAUCUACUCCAUGCUUGAGAAACUCAGUGGAGAGAAGAUCGAGAGGAAAUAUGUGUCGGAAGCAACCGUUCAGCAGCGGGUCCAAGAGGCCCGGCAGUCGAGCGAAACAUAUCCAUUCGACCCGACCAAAUUCAUCCCGCGCUAUGCAGCCGAGUACCAGUUGUCCCGGGGCAUCCGCGGCGACAACCGGCCCGAAUACGCCAAGUAUCUUGGCUAUCUGGAUGCCAAAGAGCUGUACCCGGACUUCAAGCCGAUCCUCUUUGAGGACUACUUGAAGGAGCUUCUGGGCGGAACGGCGACAGGCAUCUACACGGACCGGAUCAGGAGAAUCUAUUGA